GGAACUAGAGAUGCCAUUAGGCUGUCAUUUUAUCCAAUGUGAGAAGUCAGCCCAGAGAUGGUAAACUUUAUUCUGUAUGAGGAGAUUGGUCGAGGAAGCAACACCGUUGUUUAUAAAGGGCGGCGGAAGGGAACAAUCAAUUUUGUAGCUAUUCUUUGUACUGAUAAGUGCAAAAGGCCUGAAAUAACCAAUUGGGUCCGUCUCACCCAUGAAAUUAAACACAAGAAUAUCGUAACUUUUCACGAAUGGUAUGAAACCAGCAAUCAUCUCUGGCUAGUGGUGGAACUCUGCACAGGUGGUUCCUUAGAAAUGGUUAUUGCUCAAGAUGAAAACCUCCCAGAAGAUGUUGUGAGAGAAUUUGGGGUUGACCUCAUUACUGGAUUACAUCAUCUUCAUCAGCUUGGCAUUCUCUUUUGUGACAUUUCUCCUGGCAAGAUACUCUUGGAAGGGCCUGGCAUAUUGAAGUUUAGUAAUUUUUGCUUGGCCAAAGUGGAAGGUGAAAAUUUGGAAGAGUUCUUUGCUUUGGUGGCAGCAGAAGAAGGAGGAGUUGAUAGCGGGGAAAAUGUACUGAAGAAAACCGUAAAAAGUAGAGCCAAAGGAUCUCUUACAUAUACAGCGCCAGAAAUUUUGAGGGGUACUGACUUCUCCAUCACCAGUGACCUCUGGUCUUUGGGCUGUCUGCUUUAUGAAAUGUUUUCAGGAAAACCUCCAUUCUUCUCAGAAACUUUUUCAGAAUUAGUUGAAAAGAUUUUUUAUGAAGAUCCUUUGCCACCUAUUCCAAAAGAUCCUUCUCUUCCUAAAGCUUCUUCAGAUUUUAUUAAUUUGCUUGAUGGUUUACUUCAAAAAGAUCCUCAGAAAAGAUUAACUUGGGCAGGCUUACUGCAGCAUUCAUUUUGGAAGGAUGCCUUCACUAGGAAAGAUCAGGAAUCAAGCCCUGAGGAUUCCAACGUCAGCAGGAAAGUGAUGGAGCAUUCUGGGACACAAGAUUCCAAGGAGUUUUUGAAGCCUCCGAGCAGACAAGCCAAGGGGGAGAAGAGUGGUCAACGACUAAGUCACUCUUUCAGACUAGAAAAUCCAACUGAGUUGCGGCCUAAAAGUACUGUUGGGGGUCAACUGAAUGAGUCCAUGUUUCUUCUCAGUUCUCGUCCAACUCCAAGAACGAGCACUGCAGUGGGAUUAAGCCCUGGUGAGGAUAGGACUCAGCAUUCACCCCAGAAGACUUCUCCUUCAAUCAAGAAUACAAGUGAACGCCUGAGUCAGCAGGACCUGGAAUCCCAGAUGAGAGAGCUUAUCUACAUGGACUCUGAUCUUGUUGUCACCCCGAUUAUCGACAAUCCAAAGAUAAUGAAACAACCACCAAUUAAAUUUGAUCCAAAGAUACUGCAUCUACCGGCACAUUCAGUGGAUAAGUUAGUAUUUCUAAAAGACCAAGAUUGGAAUGACUUUUUGCAGCGAGUGUGCUCACAGAUUGACUCCACUGAGAAGAGCAUGGGGGCCUCCCGAGCCAAGCUCAAUCUCCUUUGCUAUCUGUGUGUUGUGGCUGGACACCAGGACGUGGCCACCCGGCUCCUCCAUUCCCCGCUGUUCCAGUUGUUAAUCCAGCAUUUGCGAAUAGCUCCAAACUGGGAUAUACGGGCCAAGGUUGCUCGGGUGAUUGGUUUACUGGCCUCGCACACAACUGAGCUCCAGGAAAAUACACCUGUUACUGAGGCAAUUACUAUCUUAACUGAAUUAAUUAGGGAAAACUUCAGAAACAGCAAAUUAAAACAGUGCCUCUUACCAACCCUUGGGGAGCUGAUCUACCUUGUAGCCACCCAGGAAGAAAAGAAGAACCCUAGAGAAUGCUGGGCUGUCCCCUUGGCUGCGUACACGGUGCUAAUGAGGUGCCUUCGGGAAGGGGAAGAACGUGUUGUGAAUCACAUGGCAGCAAAGAUUAUUGAAAAUGUCUGCACUACCUUUUCUGCUCAGGCCCAGGGCUUUAUUACAGGGGAAAUUGGACCCAUUUUAUGGUACCUGUUCAAACAUUCCACUGUUGAUUCUCUCAGGAUCACAGCGAUGUCGGCCUUGUGUAGAAUCACCCGUCAUUCUCCUACUGCCUUCCAGAAUGUUAUUGAGAAGGUGGGACUGAACUCCGUGAUAAACUCCCUGGCCUCAGCCAUCUGCAAAGUUCAGCAGUACAUGUUGACCUUAUUUACUGCAAUGUUGUCUUGUGGGAUUCAUCUUCAGAGGCUAAUCCAAGAAAAGGAUUUUGUCUCUACAAUUAUCCGUUUACUUGACAGCCCCUCAACUUCCAUUAGAGCAAAAGCCUUCCUCGUUCUUUUAUAUAUUUUGAUUCAUAACCAUGAGAUGCUGCUGCUCAGCUGCCAAGCAAGACUGGUGAUGUACAUCGAGAGAGACAGCAGAAAGACCACUCCAGGCAAGGAGCAGCAAAGCAGCAAUGAAUACCUGUCCAAAUGCCUGGACCUUCUCAUCCGUCAUAUCGUGCAGGAACUGCCACGGAUCCUGGGUGACAUUCUUAAUGCCUUGGCCAAUGUUUCUGGUCGUAAACACCCAUCAACAGUCCAAGCGAAGCAGCUGAAGAUGUGUCUACCCCAGAUGCCUAUAGUGCUUCACCUCGUAACUUCUCAGGUAUUUCGACCUCAGGUUGUAACAGAAGAAUUCCUUUUCAGUUAUGGAACUAUUCUUAGUCAUAUUAUAUCUGUAGACUCAGGAGAAACUAACAUAGAUGGAGCAAUAGGACUGAUGGCAUCGGAAGAAUUUAUCAAGAUCACAUUGUCGGCUUUUGAAGCGAUAAUACAGUAUCCUAUUUUGUUGAAAGACUAUUGCUCUACGGUUGUUGAUUAUAUCCUGCCACCCUUGGUCUCCUUGGUUCAGAGCCAAAACGUGGAGUGGAGACUCUUCAGCUUGCGGUUGCUCUCAGAAACCACAUCUCUACUCGUGAACCAGGAGGUGGGGGAUGGCAAGAAGGAGGCGAAUGUUGACUUUGACAGCAGUCUUCUGGCUCUCAUUAGAGACGUCUUACUUCCCCAGUAUGAGCACAUCCUCACAGAGCCGGACCCAGUCCCAGCAUAUGCUCUGAAACUGCUAGUUGCCAUGACGGAACACAACCCGGCUUUCACCAGAGCCAUGUUCAAUCUGAGUGGGGAGUCAAUAAAGCUUCUUGUGUUUCACAAGAUGUCCUUAGGUCUGUUGACUUACCCUUGUCAUCUAAAGAGAUUGGCAAACUGUGGUCCACAGAGCCAACUGGCUUGCAGCCUGUCUUUCCGUGGUCUGCAAGGUUUGGGACCUUCCUGUGCUGAUGACUUAAGAAACACCACCUGGGUUGAAAUCCCUCGUCAUUACAUUAAUCAUGCUAUAAUUCAUCGCAGUAUUUCCUAUAGCAACAAAUCCCUUUCAGAUAGGACAGAGGGACUCAUCUUUUUGGGGGUCUCAGUCCUCUCUGGAACCCUUCUUAGAGAGUUCCUCACUGUCAACAGCCCUAGGCUUGCUGGACCUCCAGACAAAGCCGGAGACUGUUCUGCAGACUCUGUGGCCAUCACGGAGGUGCACGGCAGCAAUGUGACAAUCAUAGUGCUCAAAUACCAUCGUUCCCUGAAGGCAGGAGGUCUGGCCUGGGCUGUCAGAGCUGGGGAGGUGAAAGGUCUGGCUGGUGUGCCAGCAGAAAUGAUGGUGCAGGGUGGGAGUCGCAGGGCCCGCGCGGAGAUGGCUGUUAUGGUGGCGUUGCGAAAACCCGGACCGUCACAAGCUCUCAAGGCCAUUAGCCACCGAAACAUGGAUACCCUUCAGGGCAGUACUUGGCUUCUCAUGUACACGUUGGGUGUGGCAUCAAAGCAAUCGACUUUAUUUUCUGCCACUGUAAACAGACGUAGUUCUGAAUCAUGUCCGUCCAAUCAGGGAACAACAGUUGUUAUGGUUGGUAUUCAGAAAAAUGUGACGCCUGGCAUGCUAGAACUGGGAGUUGAAGGGGCCUUUGAGGGCAUCCAGGCCAGCCCGCUCCUCGUGCAGAAGCCCGGAGAAGGACUAGUUGUAAUUCAUCAGAAUGAAGUACAGUAG